AUGACUAUGGAUUAUACUCUGGGGUUUGAGUACACAAACUGGUCGUUUUAUGUGGAGGUGAUACUUAGUGCAAUCCAGAUUUGCGGGGUCAUUUUUAAUGGCUUUGCCCUCAUCCUCUACUGCAAUUACCGAGAACUCCGUACCAGACCAAACUACCUCACGGCCUCUCUUAUUGUCGCCGAUCUCUGUUUCUGUGCAGGAUGCCUUCUGGUUCACAUAUUCAAUUUUGCCGCCGGAGCUGCCCCAGGAGUUACAGGAUGGGAUAACAUCAAAUGUCAAUUCAUUGGCGUGUGGAUAAUGACAACUGAUGCCUCGGCAUUGGGGAGCUUGGCCGCAAUCGCAACCGAACGCUGGUUUACAAUCGUCAAGGGCAUAACGCUGUCGAAAUGGCAGGUUAUAUCUUUGGCGGCAGGUGUUUGGCUAUGGGGUGGUUUCAUGAGUGGGUUGCAAUACUCUUUCGGAGGACACUACGUGCUCCAAGCGUCCGCUUCCUAUUGUGUCGGACAAUGGCACGGUCACGAGGCAAAACAGCUCAUUUUCACUUUGCUGACCUUCACCACCAUCGUUGGAACGUACAUGUGGUUUGUCUAUGUCUACUGGAGCAUUUACCGUUUCGUCAAAUUCGUCCACGCUCGCAUGCAGAGUGCUCUAGACAACGGUGGCUUAUCCGACACGACCGUGGCAACCGAUGAACGUGACUUUCAAAUUCGUCUGGCUAUCAAGUCCGCCAUCCUUGUCGGGGUGUUCACUAUCUGUUGGACUCCUGAGCACAUGUAUUUCCUUUAUGAAAUGAUUAGCGGCCGACCUUCACCUGCAUGGCUUGACAGCGUUGGCGUGAUUAUGCUUGUUAUAAACGCUGCUGUGGACCCCUUAGUCAUCUUGAUGUUGGAUAGCAGAUGGAAGAGGGCUUCGAGAUCGAUACUCCGGCUACCGGAACCAACUCCUCGGGAUGUUAAUGGGAAAUUGGCAAAGUGA